AGGCAUCUCAAUUAAAAGACUAUCGUUCUUGCAGAAGCUUCUAUUUCUAAAGUUAUGCCAGAGUGUCAGAAUAUCGCUACUAUAGAUGAAGUCCAGCCAGUGCCAGAAUGGCUGACAAAGGACUUCCUCAGGGAGAAGCUGAGCAUUCACUUUAAGGACCCCAGCUUGGAGGUUACUUCUAUGACACUCUCUCCAGCUAUUGGCAAAGGAGAGAACUUUGCUAGUGUCAUGACCAGAGUGGCGGUUCAAUAUAAGAUGGGAAGUGAUCAAGAACCUAGAACAGGAUCGUACAUCGUUAAGAGCUCAUUCGAAGGAGAUGACUUUGCGAAUGAACUGAUGGAGCAAUACGACAUUUACACCAGAGAAAUGGAAAUAUAUGACAAAAUUAUUCCGAAGCUUAACGCGUUGCUCGAGGAAAUCGGUGAUCCGGAUAAGAUGUUCCCACAAACCAUUGCUGUAGAGUUUGAACGUUCAGCGAUCGUAUUUGAAGAUCUCUCACAGCGCCAGUACAUUAUGUGUGACCGAACUAAGGGCUUGGACAUGGAACACGUAAAACUGUGCCUAAGAAAGUUGGCCAAAAUGCACGCCACUUCAGCUGUUUUAAAUGAACGUGAGCCGGGAACUUUCAAGGGCUACGACCGUGGAAUGUUCAAUCGACACACGAACUCCUACAGACCAUUCUUUGAGGGACUUCUGGUAGCUUGCAGUAACAUGAUAAGCCAAUGGGAUGGUUAUAAGUACUAUGCCGAUAAACUUAAUGCACUUAAGCCUAAACUGAUGGAAUAUGGAAAACAAGUCUUCGAUCCUAUCGAAGGUCAUGUGAAUGUCUUGGCUCAUGGAGACUUCUGGGUCAAUAACGCCAUGUUCAAUGAAGGCCCAAACCAGCAUCCGAAUGAUGUGAUUCUUAUUGACUUCCAAUACAGUUGCUGGGGAUCACCCGCUAUUGAUUUGCACUACUUCUUCAAUACAUCCCUGAGUGAAGAAAUUCGGCUACAUCAACAGGACGAACUUUUUCAAUAUUACUACAACAUAUUCGCUGGAACUUUGAAAGCUCUACAAUUCCAAGCUAAGAUUCCCAGUUUACAUCAGUUCCUGUUGCAUAUGUCUGAGAAAAACUUCUAUGCUUUUUCUUCAUGCUUGGUCCAAGCUGUCCAGAUAAAUGACAAAAAUGAUGAUGCAGAUUUUCAUGCUUUAAUGAGUGAAGAUGAACGGGGUUUGAAUUAUAAAAGUUUAGUUUUCCAAAAUGAAAAAGUCCAGAAGAAUUUAAAGAGGCUAUUGCCGGUGUUUGAUCGCAAAGGUUUAUUGGAUCACAGAGAUUGAGGACGAUUGAGUGAAAUUCUUAUAUCAGUAUAGCUAAAAAAGUGAUCUCUCUAAAGUGUGAUUUAAUGUCAACAUUGAGAAUAUAGAUUUAAGGAUUUAAUUAUUUUGUUGUAAUUAGUUGGUAUAACGGUUAAACGGAGCUAUGGUUAAGAGUGUUUAUCUAUACUAAACCAAAGAUACUUUUUAAGAAAAGUAAUGAAUUAUAAGAUGGCGAAUUGGUUCGUAAGCUUAAAGGAUAGUUUUAAGUAUAUAUUAAUGUAUUAAAUGGUGAUUAUAAAUAAAUAAAUUAAAAUGAAA